GCACAGACAGAGAUGGCAAUUAAGAAAUCCCUCUAGAGAUCUCUUAUCUAUCUCUCUGCAGUGCAGAGUGCAGUGGAGCUGAGUGCAUCGUCGCUCCCUGCACGUUCAUCUGCCCCCUCCCCCCUUCACUUCCCUUAUCAUAUACUCUAUAUCUUUAACCCCCCCCCCCUCUCUCUCUUCUCAGACCCAGAGAACUGUGGUAGAGCCAGAGCCAGAGAGACCCAACCAUAUAGAAUUUCACCAUAUUUUCCGUUUCUUUUGUGAUCUGUUUGGAAAUAAUGGACAUGUAUGGAGUGUCAUCGAGUGCAGCAGACUGCAGCUUCCCCGUAGACGACCUUCUGGACUUCUCCAACGACGAGAUUUUCUCCUCCUCCGAUUCGCUCCACCUGCACCACCCUCAUUACCUUCCUCCCCCUCUUGAAAACCAGCCCAACAACCACCGCCUCUCGCAACCCACCAACAACGACCACCCCACCCACUUCUCCGCCGACUUUACCAACAACCUCUGCGUCCCUAGCGACGAUGCGGCCGAGCUCGAGUGGCUUUCGCAGUUCGUAGACGACUCGUUCACCGAUUUCCCGGCCAACAAACUCGCCGGAAACGUCUUCUUCCCAUCCGACGCGUCGUUAUCCGGCAGCAGAGCAGCCCGCGCUAAACGCUCCAAAGCACCGACCCAUUCCACCACCACCUGGACCUCCUCCCCGGAGCCUGAUUCUCCAGCUGCAGGAGGAAUGAGACCGAAAAUGAAGAACGCAAGAGCCGGGGGAGAGGGAGAAGUACGAAGGUGCUCGCACUGCGCGUCGGAGAAGACUCCGCAGUGGCGAACGGGCCCACUGGGGCCAAAGACCCUGUGUAACGCGUGUGGGGUUCGAUACAAGUCGGGUCGUCUGGUACCGGAGUACCGACCGGCUGCGAGCCCGACGUUCGUGCUGACUCAGCACUCAAACUCUCACCGCAAAGUAAUGGAACUCCGGCGGCAGAAGGAGCUAAUGAGGCUGCAGCAGCAGCAACUACAACAACAGCGUCACCACCACCAUCGUGACUUUGAGGUCUGCUGACGUGUCGUAUCGCAAAAAAAAAAAAAAAAACCCUGUGAUAAUGUGAAUUGAAUGCUCGUCUGUGGAUUAUGCUAUCA